AUGGGCGAGGAAAAACAAGACACGCUGGACUUCGUGAAGGAUUUCCAGGAGUAUCUAAGCCAGCAGACCCAGCAUGUCAACAUGAUAUCAGGCUCCGUCAGUGGUGUCAAGGAGGCGGAUGAUCUACCAGCUGACUGCAGCCAGAAUGGAAUUGAUCACCCUGCCGCGGAUGUGUCCUUGGUGGACAGUUCUGGCAUGUUGGUGGAUGGUUUCGAGAGAACCUUUGACGGCAAACUCAAGUGUCUGUACUGCAACUACGCCACCCGAGGCACAGCAAGGCUCGUUGAGCACAUUCGAAUGCACACAGGAGAGAAACCCCACCGCUGCCACCUGUGCCCAUUCGCCUCGGCCUACGAGCGCCACCUGGAGGCCCACAUGCGCUCGCACACUGGCGAAAAGCCAUACAAGUGCGAGCUGUGCUCCUUCCGCUGCAGCGACCGCAGCAACCUGUCGCACCACCGCCGCCGACGCCACAAACUGGUCCCCAAAAAAGAUGCUCGCUCACUGUCCCACAAGAAGAUGCUGAGCGUGCUGCAAAAAAAAGCUGGUUCGCUCAGUUAUGGUCGGCGCCUCCUCAUCGCCUCGUGCUCCUCUUCAACGGUGACACCAGGGGAUGAUGAGGAUGACUGCUCCCGUGAUCUGCCGCAGGAACUUUACAACGAUGGUCCGGGUGAGGUGGAGACUCAAUCCCACCGUCAUUCAAACCUGAUAAUGGAUGACCCCCUCAAACAACUCUCAGCUCUGGCGGGCCAGUGUGCCAACAUUCCUUCAACGCUCCGACCCACUGUGUCCUCUGGUGACGAAUCUGUGACGGACGAGAAGCCCUUCCUCAUCCAGGAUCCGCAUGCCUCCUCACCCAUAACUCCUGAACCGCAUGGCCCAACCCAACUCGGGAACUCCAGCCCAGUGGGAGAACCUUGCAGCGACCACAGUGGGCGCACCAGCACCCCUAGCGUGUCCAACAGCCAGCCCGGCACGCCGGCUCAAGGCCAUUCAGCCCUUCUGCAGGACCCUAACCGCUCGCUGCAUCAGUGCCAGCACUGCGAUAUCUACUUCCCAGACAACAUCCUCUACACAAUCCACAUGGGCUGCCAUGGCUACGAGAAUCCCUUCCAGUGUAACAUCUGCGGCCACAAAUGCAAGAACAAGUAUGACUUUGCUUGCCAUUUUGCUCGCGGCCAGCACAAAUGA